AUAAAAUAAAAGAUACAAACCCGUGAGAAUUUCUCCUCCUUCAUAUCUGAACGAGAACUCAAAAAUCAGCCCCUCCCUUAAACUCGUAUUCCCCAACCCACUGCACUUCCUGCUAUACAUCUAUGCAUAAGCGCUGAAUUGCCCAUUUUAUUUCCAAUUGCUUCACUAUGGAUUCCGGAUCAAGUGGCGACGAACCCACUUCUUGGGAAGACCUUUGCAGUAUCAAUUUGAUGCCCUCGGAAUUGUUCUUGAAGUUUCGCAAAGAGUUGCAAGGCUUUCGAGUCGGUAUCAAUUUGGAGUUCUAUAAUGCGCCAUGUAAUGAAUAUGAAGCUAAGCUUGUUCUGAAGCCAUUAUAUCCAAAUCAGCGUUGGAAAUUUAUCUACGAGCCAAUUCGUCAAGACAUACGUCUUCUUUCCAAAAAGAUUCCUGUUGCCAAGUUUCUAAAUCUUCAGGUCGGUAUCGGACAUAAUUUUCAGAUGCAUGCCACUGGUUGGAAAUGGAAGCUAACCACAUGUUUAGGUGGAGAUGGUGUAUCUCGCAUACGGAACAAGUCAUCAAUUAGCCCGUUUCCAGGAUUGGAUUUCCGCUUCGGAUGGAGGGCAGAUUAUGUUCUUCCUGAAAUUACAGGGGCUCUAGGAACCGGUGAACCAUUGUUUAACAUGAAUUCAGGAAGAUUGGAAGCCUCACUUGAUAGAAUUGAAGCCAUUGUCACUCACAGUGAUGAAUCUUGAUGAAUAAUACAAUCCAGAAUCUUGUCAGCUUUAACAUCACCCAUUGUGAACUUGAGAAGGUGAAAAGUAUAGCAGCAGUGUAUAAUUCAAAGCUUCUAAAAGAUGAAAAUUUGUUGGUCUAUUUUCUCAGGAUGACAAAAUUUACAAGUUGCUUUAGAUUUUGGAGCUCUCUCUCUCUCUUUCAUUACUCAUGUUUUUUUAUUCAAUCUUUUUUGUACAUUUGAUGAAUCAAUCAAGGUUAGGAAUCUUGAGGAACAUGGAUAUUUCUAUUA